AUGACAGCCAGCUGUGACCCCACUACCAGUGUGACGCAGAACCCCCCCGUUCAUGAUGAGGUUAUAGUGCAGGGGGUCACAGAUGGCUACGGAACCAGGAGAUACAGCUGGGCAGUACAUCCAUCGAAGGAGGUCCUGCUGUCUUCUCUCAGGAAGCCCACCAGCAUUUUUGGCAGAGUGAUUGAUGUAGAACCGAUCUCCAGGAAGGACAAAUUCCUCAGGAAGAAGUCAAUGGUGCUGUGGAGGCCUGAGCAUGACGAGGCCAUUCCCUAUGAGGACCACGAGUUUGCCUCUUGGUCACCAGCACUGAACUAUCAGCAGGAACUCAGGAACAACUGCCUUCAGCAAGACUGCAAUCUCCAAUCUCCCAUGCAUUACUUCCCCGGUAACUUCUCCAUCAUUGAGAUCUCCAUGGCUUCCUUUGUGGUGCCAAAAAUGCUGGCAAGUGCCUUGUCAGGGAAGAAAAUCAUCUCCUUUGCAGGCUGCUUCAGCCAUCUCUACUUUCACUUCUCCCUGGCUGCAACAGAGCUCAUUCUCUUUGCCAUCAUGUCCUGUGACCGAUACAUGCCAAUAAGCAAACCCUUGAGGUAUCCCACCAUCAUGAUGGGAAGGGUGUGUAGCCAACUUGUCCUGGGCACGUGGGUGGGUGGCUCGGUCAUGGUCCUGCCGUCAGUGGUCCUCAAAGCCAGGCUGCUCUACUGUGGUCCCAAUGUCAUUGACCACUACUUCUGCGACAACGCACCUCUCCUGCACCUCGCUUGCACCGACACCUGGCUUGUUGAGCUGAACAGUUUUGUGGUGUCCUUUGUCCUGCUCCUGGGCUCCUUGGCACUGAGUGCAAGGUUGUAUUCUUGGAUCAUUUCAACCAUGGUCCGGAUCCCAUCAGCCCAGGGCAGACAGAAAGCAUUUGCCACUUGUGCUUCUCAUUUCACUGUGGCUUCCGUGGGUUUUGGCAUCUGCAUCUUUAUCUAUACCAGGCUGUACCAGAGGGACGCCAGGCACCUCAACGGAAUACUCUCUGUUCUUUCCAGCAUUGUCACACCUCUUUUAAAUCCUUUCGUACUCAGCCUAAGGAACGAGCAGGUGAAAGAGGCCUUGAAAAAUGCUUCUUGCAGACUCCUGGGGAUGAUUAAGUGGGCUGCUAGUGACUGGCAUCCAGCUGAACUUCAUGCCACUAAUCACAACCCGGUGAUCCCAACAGUUCAGACCGUCUCAGUCCACCUCACCGUGCACUUGUCUAGUCUAUACUUCAUCAGCUGGUCCAUCAGGAUGAGGACAUCCUCGUAUGAGGAUAUUGUAGAAAACUGA